UGAGAAUUGUUUCGAAAUUUCGCAAUAUUCCAUCUAGCAUUUCGAGUACCCAAAUCGACUAAUAAUUUCAUUAAUAAUCAACUACCGAACACCGAUAAGUUCAUUUAUAAUAGAUCGCGCGCGACGUAAAAAUGUCGAAAUCAAAAGUGAACAAUGUGGGGGACUUACUUAAACAUUCCCUUGGGGAAGAUGUGACCGUGUUAAGUGAAAAUACGACACUUUUAACGGCUCCCGGUGAACAUUAUGGAAGUGUUAUGUUGGCACUAGAGGUUAAAAUUAAACGUAAUACGAGGGGAGACGAGGAGGUUCUGCAUCUGGUUGCCAAGCUAAUUCCUGCAAGUGAAAUGCUCCGGCUCGCUUUCGAUAUACCUGUUACAUUCAAAAAGGAGGUGUUCGCUUAUAAAGAAACUAUCCCGGCAAUGGUGCGGCUGCAAAAGGAGUAUGGAGUUCCAGAGGAGAAGCACAUAGACAAGUUGUUUCCAAAGUGCUUAGGGGCCAGACUAAGCGUCGACGAAAACAAGAAUAUGGUGGACGAAGAUGCUGUACUCCUCUUUGAAAACCUAAAAAUUCAAGGUUUUAUAACAGAAGACCGGUUAAAAGGAUUUGACUUAAGUGCCACGACAGUGAUCCUUAAAGACCUUGCGCGUUUCCAUGCUGUUCCCAUAGCCCUAAAGCUGUUAAAACCGGAAGUUUUCAAGGAAAAAUUGCUCCCAGCAGUGGUUAACAAUAAAGGGCUAGAGCAACUGCCCCCAGAAGUAGGCCAGGCUUUCCAUAAUGCCAUUAUGGAUGGAGCUCGGGCUACUCCCGAACUGGAACCUUAUCUGGAUCGGAUCGAGAAGAUUGUAGAGUAUGGACGGACACAUCCGUGGGUUCUUAGGACUAACCCAAACGAGCCUUGGGGUACCAUGAGCCACGCUGACUUUUGGGUGAGCAACACGAUGAUUUUAAAAGACUCCAAUGGUACCACUAUCGCAAAUAAAAUUGUGGAUCUGCAGUUGAUGCGGUAUUGGAGUUGCGUAUGUGACUUGACAUUUUUCCUGUUUACUAGUGUCAUUAAUAGCGUUCUGGAUGAACAUUUCGAUGAGUUUUUAAGAGUUUAUCAUGAUUCUUUUAUUGAUACUUUAAAGGAUUUUAAUAUUGACCUGGAGCCCUUUUCUUGGGAGAAGUUUUUCGAGGAGUUUAACACUUCGGGGCCAACGGAUCUUUAUCACGUCCUAGUGAUGCUUAAGCCAAUUUGUACGGAAAGAGGUAAAGUGACCAACAGUUUGGAAGAUUUCCAGGAUACUGACUGGAGCAGAAAGGAUUUGCUUGGGCCGAACCAUAGAAGGAAAUUACGUGAUACGAUUUUUUCUAUAGAGAAACGUGGAUGGUUAAAUUAAUAUUUGUUGAUUAAUUUAGUUAAAAAUGUUUGGGCAUUUUAGUGAUAAUUUAUUUUCAAGUGGGUAUAUUUAAGUAAUUAUAAUGUAUUAAUUAAAUCUACUCAUCCUGUAUAAAGAUUUAAAAAAAACUGUUAUUAGGUAGUGAUUGUUUUUGUAUUAAAUAGGGUUUAUUUAUUAAAAUAUGCGUUUAAUUUUAAUUGAAUUAUAUAUAAGUAUAAAAGAGUCAAUUAUUAUAUUUAAUUUGAGAUUUCAAAAACUGCCAGAAGUGUUAGUUCGAUAAAAAGUAAAUCAAGGAAUAAAAUAAUAAAUCAUCAUCCCAU